AUGGCGCGCCGAACAACCCGCCUCUCCGCGGCCGCGUCUCCCGUCCUCGCUGAUGUCCCUGUACACGUUAACCCCGACGACACUAUGAGCCUAGACGUUCCUGAACAGCUUCUGACUCCCGAGAUGAGUCGCUCUGAAACUUCAAGCAAUUAUGAAAACGUGUCAACCGAAGAUAAGCCCGCUGCUCGACGUAGAUCAACGCGAGUGAAACGCGCAUCGCUGCGAUCGGCUGAGUUCCUCGAGGAUACUCCAGUCAAUGAUGAUCAGACCACAGCCUCUUCAAGUCAGGCGUAUGUUGACGACCUUGUUAAAUCUAAGCGGUCUCGCUCGAAACUCCGGCAUAGUAUUGCUGUGAUGGAAUCAACGUUAUUGAAUGGCUCGGAUGCUGGUGAUCUCUCAAUGGCCCCCGCCACGCCUAUCUCGAAGUCUUCCCAGGAACCAGAUCUGAACACUUUGCCUGAUCAGCAGGAUGAGGAUAGUUCUAUCAUGAAGGGUAAAAAGCCGCAACCCAAAGCAACGUCAAAAAGCCGUUCUAAGCCAUCUGUCCGACGUUCAACUCGCCUGAGUAUUGUUGGUACGGCAUCAAAUAUUUUAGAUCGAGCCAGCAGUUCUUUAGGCAAACGAUCGCGAGAAGGUAAAGAGAUCGGUCGACGUGCCAGUCUUAGACCUAGAAAUGUUGCGCCGAAAGAAGAGCCAGCUAUUUCGUCAUUGGAGCCUACAUCCAAGAAACGUCGGCUUUCUGAAAGUGACUUAUCGAAACUACAAUCUGAAGAGCCCUCAUCUUCUAAGGAACAAGCUUCUCCACUGAAAUUGAAGCCAAAGAAGAUAUGGUUGGCUCAUGGACUAUAUUCCGGUCAAGAGCCUACUGACAAGCGCCCCAAGCAACGCAACAGCAAAAAUUCAGCAAAAACCAACACAGGUCCUUCGAACCGACGUCUUCUUCCCAUGCCCAUAUUCGCUGGAUCUCGUCUUAUCGCCAUAGGCAAAAAUUAUGAGCUACCAUUCGAUAUUUUCUCUCCACUUCCACCAGGACAACCUAAGCCAAAUGAAUGGCGCAAGACAAACAAAAAUGUCUUCGUGGGAGAUGCUGCCAGUGAAUGGAGAUCAAACAAGAAGCUAGAGUUGUCGACUUGCAUGUGCGAGGAAGAAACCGGCUGUGAUGAGAAUUGUCAGAAUCGCUACAUGUUCUACGAGUGCGACAAUAGCAACUGCCGACUGGGUAUAGAGUGCGGCAAUCGCAAUUUUAACGAGCUGAAAGCGCGCACAAAGGCUGGCGGCAAGUACAAUAUCGGUGUUGAGGUCAUCAAAACUUCAGAUCGCGGCUAUGGAGUACGUAGCAACCGCAGCUUUGAUGCCAAUCAGAUUAUUGUGGAGUACACUGGAGAGAUCCUCACGCAGUUUGAGUGUGAGAAGCGAAUGCGCACAGCGUAUAAAAACAACGAGUGCUAUUACUUGAUGUACUUUGAUCAAAACAUGAUUAUCGAUGCUACGCGAGGAUCGAUUGCUCGCUUUAUCAACCAUUCAUGUGAGCCCAAUUGUCGAAUGGAGAAAUGGACUGUUGCAGGAAAGCCGCGCAUGGCUCUUUUUGCCGGAGACAGGGGAAUCAUGACUGGUGAAGAGCUGAGCUAUGAUUACAACUUUAACCCCUACUCCAACAAGAGUGUGCAGGAGUGUCGCUGUGGUGCGGAGAACUGCCGCGGAUUCCUUGGUCCCCGGCCCAAGGAAAAGGAACAACGAGUCAAGGCAGAAGCUAUCAAGGUGGACGCUGUCAACAACGCAAAGAAAGCUAGCGGCGUGAAGCGCAAGCGUGCUGGAGAAACUACUGCCUCGACUCCGGAUAAGAAACGCAAGUUGCUCACAACAAAAUCUAUCAAGGCUGGUGUUGAGAAGGCUGUCGUCAAGGCCACCACUGCACGCGGAAAGGCACUGUCUAGAAAGGUAGCCGCGACUUCAAAAGUCAAAGUUGUUACCAAGAAGACAGUCAAACUGCCAGCAGUUAAGGCCGCCGGCAGAGUUAAAGCUGCUGUACAGCGGAAGACAAGCAUGGUCAAGGCUACUAAGGCAGUUCCAGUCUCUCCGAGUAAGAAAACAUCUCGGCUCAAGCGCCCAUCAGCUGAGACCAGGCGAAAAAUUCUCGCUGCUGCGAAGGGCUCGACACGCAAGGCCUCAACUCCGAAAUCAGCCGCAAAAAACUCCCCCGCAAAGGCUGGAAAGUCUCAGGUCAAGAACAAUACUGCUUCAAAGAGCCUUUCCAAGGCUAAGGAUUUGGGCAAAAGCCUGAAAAAUGCGGCUGGCAAGGUUGCGCGGACGGUGCGAGUUACCCAGAAAUAG